AUGCAGGAAAAAGAAAAGAAUGUUCCAAGGCCAGUUGACCUGACUUUCUUGUCCUCUCAUCUACCCAUGAAACACCUUAGACCCCGCUCAUGCUUAUUGUUGUCCAUUGUUUCAAUUUACCUAUUUUGGAUCCUAUUCCAUAACAUUCCCGCAUUCCAGAAUAGGGAUAAAUCCGUCAAUACACCAACUGUACCGGCAGAUUGGUCCACAGGAUCACUGAGGCAUCGGCUGUUGGCACAUUUCAAUUCUCAAAAUGAGAUUCCAAGAGAUAUCUGGCAAUCUUGGAAAUCAAAACAGAAUCUUGAUGUUAGGUUCCAGGAAAACGUGAGGCUUUGGUCAUCCCAAUCUGGAUUCAAUUACCAUUUCCUCGAUGAUGAUGAAAUCGAUGAAUUCGUACGUACCCAAUUUAAGCUGUUCCCAGAAAUUAUUCAGACCUGGGAUACGUUGCCGAGAAAGAUCUUGAAAGCUGAUUAUUUUAGAUACCUCGUUUUAUUGGCGAAAGGUGGAUAUUACAGCGAUAUAGAUACUUCACCUUCUGUUAACAUAGACGCUUGGCUUACAGAUGGUCCGUUGGCCACAUUGAUGGCUGAAAAUGAUCUCUCCAAGACUGAUGUCGGUGUCAUAAUUGGUAUAGAGGAAGAACGGGAUCUUGGUACUUGGAGAGGCCUUUUCAAUAGAAGGAUAAACCUAUGUCAAUGGACUUUAGCGAGUAGACCAGGUCAUCCAUUGUUUGUAGAUGUCGUUGCAAAGAUAGCUGAUCUUGCAUUGUAUUACUAUGAUCCAUCCACCAACGUAUUGACUUUCCCAAUGGGUUACAAGAACCUUUUCGACGUUCAACCUGCCUAUAACAUGUCGAAGGAUUCUGCUAAUUGGUAUGAGGGUAUCAUAGAAUGGACUGGUCCGGCCUCAUUCACAGAUAGCUUUUUCCGAACUAUUAACCAGUGGUACAUCGAAAACUUCAGUGAUCAUAUUCAGGGUUCAAGCAACGAGGUUCUCUGCAAUAACAAACAUAUGUGUGUUCUGGAUCCCAACAAACCGUUAGAUUUAAUUUCAAAACUCGAGAAUUAUCCCCUAGGAGAUAAUUUGCUUGGAAUCAAGUUGCCCACGUCACCUGUUGGAUGGGAAAAUUUCACUCUACUCGAAUACCCUUUGCUUUACGGAGAUGUAGCACUUUUACCGAAGCAUUUCUUCAAUUCUCUACAUACUACGGACUUUAAAAAGGGAUAUGUGCAUCAUGCAUUUACUGGUACAUGGAAAUGGACCCAAGACCCAUAA